CACCAGUCAUGAAACGAAUUCUUCUGGUUUUUAUCCUGGCUGCUGCUGUUAUGUAUGGUAUACUGCAUGGAAAUCUGUGGAGAAAUAACCUCUACUGGAUUAGCUUUUAUGGACAGACUUCUUCUGUGAGGGCUUCUCCUUCCUAUGAGACUAGUGGAGUUACCCAGCUGCCACCUAUGGCUAUGGAGAGAAGGAAGGCGCUGAACACUUGUCUUCUAAAACCAGCAUUUGAACCCUUACUGGGUGAUGACAAAAUAUACCCAUUCCUGUGCGCUAAUGAUUUUAUGAGAGUAUCGGAGUUCCAAGGGAGCAAUAAGUUUGAACUGCCUUAUGGAAUAAAGAGAGCAGAGCAAUUUUUUCGUUUAGCCCUUUCAAGACUGCAGAACUGUGGACUUCCCAGUGAAGAUGACAGCAUUGCCUGUCGCCGGUGUGUGGUGGUCGGUAAUGGAGGAGUGCUUCGAAACAAGACUUUAGGGGAGAAAAUUGACUCAUACGAUGUCAUAAUAAGAAUGAAUAAUGGCCCCGUGAUAGGGUACGAAGAGGAUGUUGGGAGACGGACGACUUUCCGCCUUUCUUACCCAGAAUCUAUCUUCUCAGAUCCCAUCCACUAUGACCCUAACACGACUGUUGUUCUCAUCGUCUUCAAAACACGUGACUUGAAGUGGCUUUGGGAGAUACUAGGUGGUCAGAAAAUAAGUGCUAGUGGCUUUUGGAAGAAACCAGCUCUGAAUAUGAUAUACAAGUCCAGUCAGAUCAGGAUUCUUGAUCCCAGCAUCACCAGAAAAACAGCUUAUGAGUGGCUUCAUUUCCCAACAAGGUUUCCUAAGAAAGAGAAACCCAAGCAUCCAACAACGGGGCUGAUUGCCAUAACACUGGCGUUUCACAUAUGCCAUGAAGUUCACCUGGCAGGCUUCAAGUACGACUUCACUGACAGAAACAGUUCUUUGCACUACUAUGGCAAUGACACAAUGUCUCAGAUGAUGCAGAAUGAAUACCACAACAUCAGCGCCGAGCAGAAUUUUCUGAAGAAGCUUAUAGACAAGAACUUUGUGGUCAAUUUGACAUGAAAGCUGAAUGGAAAACACAAAGAACAUUCACUAUUUUCAAGAGUUGAAAUUUUUUUAUUUUUUGUAUGACAUUUUUAUUUUUUAAGUUCAGCAUGACUGUUUACUGUUUAAAAGGAGCCAGUAAACCUCACCAAGGCAGAAGCUUCUUCUAAGCCUGAGGGUAAUGGACUAAUUUCAAACAGAGUUAACAAUUUCUGUGGAAGCUAUUUAAUAGUGGGAAAACCAUGAAACUUUCAUCUGAAAGUAUCAGGGAUAUAUAAAAAUGUGAUGUACAUCACUUAUUUAUCAGCAAAAACUCUUUCCAACUGAUUACUUCUCUGGAAUACUUUUGUUUCUAGUAUCCCUCCAAAACAGGAGAGGUCAAGAGACUGAGAUGACCAGUGUUGAAUUAGUAGAUGGAUGUAAAGACUGGAGUAUCUGUCUUAUAGUAUGAAAAUGGCUUUAAAACGAUACCUAUAAAUCGUUGCUGUGUGUUCUGGAGAACGGGGGAACAUACAGAGCAUGCAAAUUUUGGUUUGCCAUACUCCUGAGGAGAGGA